AUGAACCUGCGAACGUGUAUCAGUGGCGUGCGACACCUGUCGACCUCGCGGGCCGUGUGCAACGCCCCCAAGCCUGGGCUGGAGAACUAUGCCCGAGUGGUCGACUCCAUCAAGAACGACCGGCAGAAGGCAGGUGACGAAAAGCCCAAGAAGAAGCUCAAUCUGCGAAAGAAGAGCGUCUCUGAAGAGUCUUACGCCCCUGGAAUGGGCCGAGUGACUGUGGGAGGAUCUGCCGAUGGCAAUACCAACAAGCGGGUCGAUCGCCGAAUCAAGUUUGGCAACUCCUCCGCCAUCAACGACAACCUGGUCUCCACCAACUACGAUGCUGCCAAAGACAAGUUCCGAAAGCGACGAACUCCCCUCGACAAGAAGGUGGUCCCCAAGCGAUACGGAGAAUACAAGGCCGAUGAGGACCGAAAGGCUCCCCGAAAGCUCUUCAAGAAUAACAGAGAGUCCAAGCCUGAUGUCUCCAAGAGAGAUGCUGAGGACGAGUUGCUGACCGAUUACGUGACUGUUGCUGAGAACGCCCGUCUGCAGGCUGCUCUCGACGCCCUUGAUUUCGAGAAUAAGGAUGUUUCAAAGGCUUUCGCUACCCUCAUCACCUCCGAGGCCCAGCCCAAGACUAAGAAGAUUGACACCGCCAAGCUGUUUAAGGACGCCUUUGAUCCGUCCAAGGGCUCCACCUUUAACACAGGAGUGGCCAAGCCCGCAAAGGCCGACAACGCCGACUUUGUCGUCCACAACCUCAACAAGAACUUCUCGUUGAACGCCGAGCAAGCCAACACUCUUCUGGACAUUGUGUCCGGGAAAACCCCCAUUGCCUCUCUCAAGAUGAAGGAGGAGAACUAG